AUGGUUAAACUUGAAGAGGUGUCAGAAGAACACGAAUUUACUGACGAGGAGGAAGAUAACGAAUCGAUCAGUUCCGCCGAUUCGGGUUCUUCAGAAGAAUAUCAAGAAUCUUUUAUUGAACGGAUAUUGGCUUUGCGUGAUAUUAUACCAGAGGAUACGCGUGAAUCUAUAUCGAACAAUGUUUCAACAAUAGUGCAUAUUGGCGCGAAAAGUGCUCGAUUUCUGGGUAAUGCUUUUUGGGUGUUGACAACAUCAGCCUUGAUCUUGGUCAUGCCUUUGGCAUUAGAAAUUGAGAGGGAACACACGAUCAUCCAAAUGGAAAAUGAGCAGAAAGCUUUGAUGGGUGGACAACCGGGCGUUCCUUACGACCAAUCAGGUUCCCUGGGGCAACAUUCACAAUCCCAGCAACAGCCUCGAUUGGUUCCUCCCGGAUUCUGA